AUGUGUUGGAAGCGCCGCCUUGCCCGCCGCCUCGCCACCGCCACCCACCCCGCCGCCGCCUGCGCCUCCGCUGCCCACCUCACCUCUCCUGCCGCCGCCUCGCCACCCCUGCCUCGCCUGGCGCAGGAGUACGGCGCCCUGCUUAGUGAGGCCGGCUUCGACUCGGUGGCAGCGCUGGACCGCACAGAGGAGUUCCGGGGGCACCUGGCGCGGGAGCUGGCGGCGGCGGAGGGCGACCGGCAGGGCUGGGUGGCGGCGUUCAGCCAGGAGGACUAUGAAGAGGUGACGGGCAGCUGGCGGUUCAAGCUGGACCGCGUGGCUGCCGGGGAGCUGCAGUGGGGCCUGUUCCGGGCCUUCAAGCAGAUGAGCGGGCGGGACUACCACGAGCCAGAGGCGCCGGGGGACGGCUUUGCGGCGCUGGCUUGA